AUGUUGGUCGACCGGACGACGGAGGCCGCGGAGCAGUUGGUGGUGGAGUCGAAGGAGCACAUUGGGACCCUGGAAUUCCUCUACACCGAAAAGCGAAUCGCGCUACGUGAUCUCUGGGAGAAGUGCCAUGUACCGAUAUCGGACUGGACUAUGCCCGAAGAAUUCUCACCUGAUCAUCACGAUGCCUCCACGCUCGCAAUCAUGGAUGAAAGAAUAGCCCAUCUCACGGAACUCUACGACCGCCAAAAAACGGUGCUCGACAAGUUGACGGCCUGGACAGAGCUUUGGGAUGAGAAGUUAGCGCACGAAGAAUGGGAAAAGGAUCCGGCCCGGUUCAAUAACCGCGGAGCCGUUGAGAAGCAGUUGCUGCCCCAUGCGCAGCGGGAAGUCGCCCUCGCCUACGCCAUCUACCGAGACGAGAACCCAGAGGACGAAUUGAAGUUUGACGACCUCGACCCGGUGGAAUGGCUGAAGCGCAAAGUCCGAGUUCGCGCUGAAAACAAGGAAUUCGAGGCCCAGAUGAAAGGAACACCAUCAAGGGCCGGAAUGACGCCAGCGAUGUCCCUCCGCAAUUUGCACAUGCCCAUCGACAUCAGCUGCAUCGGACCUUGCCGGGUUGUCUCGUCUGGCCCGAAGACUUCAUCGCCAAAAGCCGCCUACAAACGGCCAGCUCCAUCCGACUGUUCAUCUCCGUGCCCAUCCCCCGCGAAACGUGCCACCCCGCUCCGUCAGCGCAAUUGGAAGCCA